AAGGAUCUUGUUGUUAGGAAUCUUGUGGUAGUAAUGCAAAAGAAAGCAGAUGGUCAAAUCAAAACAUGUCGCAUCCAUGACUCAUUGUAUGAAUUUUGCAAAAGUGAGGCUGGGAAGAAGAAUCUGUUCCACAUAAUGGAUGGAGGAAAAAGAUUAGAUGUGAAUACAACUUCGCUUCGUCGUCUUUGUUACCACUCCUCUACUCCCAACAUAUCUAAUGUGGAAAAGAAUCCAUCUUGUUAUUUCCUCAAUUACUACAACAAAAAGAAGAGUCCAUAUCCAUCUGGUGAACAUGUCCAUUCUUUGUUGGUGUCAUCAUUGGAAAAGAGUGACGUUCAAUUAAAUCAAGAGCAAUUAAGAACUAUCCCAAAUGCCUUCCCUCUUCUUAGGGUGUUGGAUAUUGAAUCCCUCAAGCUUAACUCAUUGCCUGAUGAGCUCUUUAGCCUCUAUCUUCUCAAAUAUCUUGCUAUCACAACCAACCUCAAAUUCCUCCCCAAAAGAUUCAAAAAUCUUCGUGAGUUGCAAACUCUUGUAUUUAAAACCACAGAAAGUACACUAGAAAUCGAUGGAGGCAUAUGGAACAUGGAAAAGCUAAGGCAUGUGCAUACUAACACUUCUACUCAAUUGCCAUCUCCUCAAAAAGAAAGCAAAAGUGGCUACAGAAAUACAGACAUCCGCACGCUUUCUACAAUAUCACCAGCAAGCUGUAGGAAAGAGAUUUUCAUUAAGACUCCCAAGCUCCAAAAAUUGGGCGUUUGUGGGGACUUAGUAGAGCUUCUAGAAGAAAUGCAAGGAAUUUGUUUGUUCAACAAUCUUCAAAUGUUGGAUGUCCUUGAAAACUUGAAUCUCCGUGGCCAGUCGGACAAAAUGCUAAAGGUCCCAAAGCUAGAAGUGUUUCCUCCUAAACUAAGAAAGUUGACCUUGUCCAACACACAAUUUGAUUGGAAUGGUAUGAUAAUAUUGGGAUUGCUGGAGGAGCUUCAAGUGCUCAAGUUGGAUCAUAAUGCCUUCAUAGGGGAGCUUUGGAAUCUAAAGGAUAAAGUCGUCUUCAAACAACUCCAGUAUCUACGCAUUGGAAGAACGAAUCUGGUAACAUGGAAAGCUGAGAAGAAUAACUUUCCAGUUUUAGAAAAUCUAAUCCUCAGAAAUUGCUCUUACUUAGAAGAAAUCCCAUAUGCCUUUGUUGAUGUACACAGCCUUACAGUCAUUGAAUUGUAUCAUGUCAGUGAAAAGGCAGUUCAUUCCGCAAGAAAGGUAUAUAACCUAAGACAAAGUAAGAAAGAUGCCACAACCAAAGGAUUCGACCUCUUCAUCACCUCUCUUCCAUCAGAAGCGACGCCUGCAACGGCACAUGCCGUGGAGAAUGUCAACACUAGUGGAUUCGACCUCGCUAGCUCCUCUAUUUUGCCACCACCAACUUUAAUAAAGAUGGCUCCAAUGGUAGAAGAAGAAAAUGUGGUGGGAUUUGAUAAUGAGGUGAAAAUUAUAAAGGACCGUCUCUAUAGAGAAUCAAUGAAAUUGACAGUUAUCUCAAUUGUGGGGAUGGUAGGAGUUGGCAAAACUACACUUGCCAAAAUGUUGUUCAAUGAUGGUGAUCUUCAGUAUGAGUUCUUCACUCGCCUUUGGGUUUAUGUUUCGAGAGUUUGUAACCGAAAGCAAAUAUUUCUUGACAUUUUGAGCCACUUCACUAAGAGAAUUAAAGACUUUUCUGAUAUGUCUGACGAAAACUUAGCUGAGCAAAUAAAAAGUUUUUUGGAGGGUGGAAAGUACUUCAUUGUAUUGGAUGAUGUGUGUACAAAGCAUGAUUGGGAGUGUUUGAAGAUUGCUUUUCCGGACAAUACAAAAGGUAAUAGAAUCUUGGUAACUACUCGAUACUGUAGUGUGGCUUCACAUGUUGAUUCUACUGGUAUCCCUCAUCAACUAAAGUUUUUAAGAAAUAUUGAAUGUUGGGAGUUGAUAAAAAAGAAAGUUUUUGGAGAUGAAAGGUGUCUUACUUCACUUGAAUCUGUUGGUAGGUCCAUAGCAAAAAAGUGUAAUAGACUGCCACUUGCAGUGGUUCUGAUCACCCCUGUCCUACGUGAAAAUAGGACACUUACCGAGUGGGGACGCAUAGCGAAAGAUCCAUUUGCAAGCAUAGAUUACGAGAAUCAACACUACAAUCCACUAAUGGAAUUAAUGGAUUCUCAGUUGAAAGAUUGCUUCCUAUACCUUGCAGCUUUUCCUAUGAUACUUGAAAUUGAUGCUGGGAAGUUGAUUCACUUGUGGAUGGCUGAAGGGUUCAUUCCAGAGGGGGAAUUGGAACACACUGCUGAGAAGUUUCUAAACGAUUUUGUUCAAAGGAAUCUUCUCAUUGUAUCCAAAAGAAGAGCAGACGGUAGAAUUAAAACGGUGAGCAUCCAUGAAAUGUUGCACGCAAUCUGCAUACGUGAAGCUGCUAAACAAAAUUUCAUCCGGGAAUUUGACGUGCUUGGAGGAGUGUCAAACAGUACAUUCACUAAAGGUUAUCGCCGCCUAUCCGUCCAUUCAUCUGUUUUGCAGGAUUUAUCAGAAAUAAUCAAGCCAUCAUCAAUUGAUGAACAAGUCCAGUCUUUCUUAUAUUUCUCUUCUGACACACUAGAGUUUCCCAAAGCGCCACUGGCAACCAUCCCUAAUUCCUUUCCAAAUCUGAAGGUGUUGGAUAUCAGAUCCGUCGAAGUGCCAGUUCCUAAAGAGUUUUAUCGCCUGCAACAUCUUGCUUACCUUGGGAUCUCUGUUUAUUUCAAUCUCAAUCUCCUCCCAGUGGAAUUCGAAAAUCUCAGCCAGUUGCAGACUCUUGUACUCCACAGUACCACACAAAGUGCUCUUAAAAUUGAGGCAGACAUAUGGAGCAUGCCAAAGCUAAGGCAUGUUCUCAGUAAUACUCCAGUCCAUCUGCCCACUCCAAUUAGAAGAAGCACAAACAGCUCUGGAAGUGCACAUAUAAGGACUCUUUCUACCAUAUCCCCUACAAGCUGCACAGGUGAAAUUCUAGACAAGACCCCAAAUCUUCAGAAGCUGGGAAUUCGAGGGAAUAUAGUUGAGGUUGUGGAGAGCAAGAAAGGAAUUAGUUUGUUCGACAAUCUCCAAAAAUUGAGGAAUCUUGAAAAUCUGAAGUUGCUGGUACAUACCAUCAAUGGUCAGGCUAGUCUACUACGGAGCUUUCCUAGAGCCGACAAAUUUCCAAGAAGGUUAAGAAAGCUGACUUUGUCGAACACUUCAUUUGAGUGGAAGGACUUGUGUGUACUGGGGGCACUAAACGAGCUGGAAGUCCUCAAGUUGGAGGAAUAUGCGUUCAAGGGGGAGGCUUGGGAACUCAAAAACGUUGUUUUCAGAUGCCUCAAAUUCUUACGUAUUGGAAGGACCAAUUUAGCACAUUGGACGACUUCCAAGAGUUGCUUUCCGGUGCUGAAAACGCUCAUCAUCAGGCACUGUGCUGGCCUCACAGCAGUCCCGUCUGACUUUGCUGAUGUGCAUAGCCUUGAGCUGUUGGAAUUAUUUUACACCAAUAAAGCGGCUGUGAACUCUGCCCGGGAUAUAGAAAUUCUAAAACAUGAAAGGGGAAAUGCACAUAGCAGUGGAUUUAAGCUCUCUAUAUAUCCUUCGGAUCAUUGAUUCCAUAUCUAUCUUAUGGGUAACUUUUUUAUUAUGGUAUGUGCUCAUAUAUGCUUUUAACUUUUGAGUGGUAUGCACUUGUGCUGGAAAAAUGGGCAAUGUUAGCCUAAUGUAUUGGUUAUUUCAUAAUGU